AUGUUUAGAACUUUUUGGAAUAAAAAAAUGAUAAAUAUUAAACCAAAUUUUGAAUUAAUGUGUGAAUUAGCUAAUUUUUUGUUAGCAAUACAAGGAUCAAAAAGUAAAAUAAAUAUAGAAAAAGUUAAAUUAGGUCUAGAAAAAGUUGAAUUAUUACAUGAAAUACAUGAAGAAGAAAUAAUUAAUUUAUAUAAAAAUAGUGAUGGAAUAUUUAAAAAAUUUAUUAAAGAAAAUUGGGGUACGAGAAGUCGAAUAAUUAUUUAUUUAAACAAAAAUCAAGAAAUUGUACAAAUUAUGGUUGAAGAGGGGUAUAAUGAUUCUUUGAAGGAAAUGUUGAAAAUUGGUAAGUUAUGGGAAAAUAAUUUUUAA